ACGGCACCGACACGUGUUUUCCUCCGGCGGCCGCGGGCGACGUCACGUGAUCCACUGUGACGGUCCUGCUACAGAGAACGGCGACAUCACGUGACUGCGGUGGUCAGUGACUGUGCUAGUCACGUGGCCUUCGGAGCCGUUAUCGCCUGUGUCGCCGGCGGCGCUGCACAUUGUCUAAGACUACUCAGUAGUGUGUGCAGUGUCGAUCGGAGGACACAGCGACGACUCGCCAUGGACGGUGCCAACAUCGUGGAGCGCAUGAAGCAGCGCUUCGAGCAGCUGGACCACCGCGCUGCUGAGGAGCAGAUACCACCGUCCCGUAACCGGCUCGGUCAUCCGCAGCACGGGCAACAGCACGAUCAGCAUCGCCAACAGCACAGCCAGCAGCGUCAGCCGGCUGUGCUGGGCUCUAGAGGCCUCACCAAGCCGCCACCACCGCCCGUGCCACAGACGAAGGGAGUCUUCAGGCCUGUGAAACCUACUGAGGCGCCCCCUUCAAAGUCUGUGCCUGUACCGCCGCGGUCUCCGGUGCCUGCAAGGUCUCCUGCACUGGGCCACGUGCCCAUACCUUCGCGGUCGCCGGUGCAUACAAGAUCUCCGGUUGCAGGUCAUGUGGCUGCUCCUUCGCGGUCCCCGGUACCUCCAAGGUCGCCUGUACCUCCAAGAUCCCCUGUAGCUCCAAGGUCCCCUGUACCUUCAAGGUCUCCGGUACCUUCAAGGUCUCCAGUGCCGCCCUCUGUGCCGGUUCAUGUGAAUACCUCCACUCUUGAGCCACAGAACAUAUACAACGAGCCCACCGAGGAAGGGACUGAACCUCACGACAUGCCAGAAAUGACCACAUCGGUUGGAGUUGCGACCCAGCACACUGUGCAUGAGCCGGAUGAAGACAUAUAUUGUGUUCCAGCGGAGGAAAUCGGAGGGGAAUAUGCGAACUCGUUUGCCCAGCCUGAUGGGCAGCCCGGAUACGUUGGAGCGGCAGAUGAGUUCUUCUCAGAUUCAGAGGAGUGGACGGAUUACAGUGACGACUUCGAAGAGGAGCCUGUUCCAGAGCCGCAGCCACAUCAGCAGCAGCUCGCUCCCGAGCCGCCACCGCCUCCUUCCUCCUUGCCACCACUGCCGCCGUCCCGGGCACCUCCGUCCGGUCUGGGGGCUCCUCCCCUAUUACCGGGACGGCUACCACCCGCCAGUAUCGCCUCUAGGCCACUUCCGCCGCCACCAGUAUCUCCACCACUGAAACCGCCUUCACCACCCCUGCGGCCGCCAGCAUCCGCCACCAACCAGCCAGGGACUCCUCCAGCUCUAACAAUCAGCUCGCACGGCUGGUUCCACCCAGUCGACCGAGCCGCCGCGAGGACCCUGCUCGAGCACGCUGGCGACGGGUCGUUCCUGGUGCGUCCCACCCGACGUGGCGGUGCAACGACGCCUUACGCCCUGACGCUGCGUCACGCUGGACGGGAAGUGAACCUGAUCGUACGCCAGAGACCGGACGGGCGGUACGCACUGGGCUCAGAGAAACCAGAGGAAGUCAGCUUCGGCUCUGUGGAGGAGAUGAUUGGGCACCAUCAGAGGGAGCCCCUGGCUCUGGCCGACGGGUCGCUCGUUUGCCUCGGUCGGUACCCGGGCCAAGAGUGACCUGCGCGGGCCAGGGUGACCUGCGAGACGUCUGGUGGCCGUCGCGCGAACUGAAGUCCGGAAAGGAAUGCCCGCAGUGUGUGUGAUAGGAAUCGAGUGCUGCGAAUGUAGAGUGCUGAUGAAACGAUAGACAGCUUGGUUUUGUCGCGUGAUGGUGACUGCACUGUGCAAGACUGGAUAUGCGUGUGUGAACGUGUGAGGCGAAGCUGAGAGUUUGCACACAACCGAAGGCUGUGAAAAAGUCUGCAUUGUUCUUGUUCGGAAUAACAAGUCAGUAAAAGGUGACUGCUACAAACAAGGACGCUUAAUAAGAUUUACUGCGCUUUGUGCAGUGAUUAUAGCGGACUCUUCUCCAUAUUUGGUCGUGCCGUGAGCCGGUUGCCGUUAUAGCGCUGCCGGACGUUGGUCCGUCUGUUCACCCCUCCCAGACUGUCUUACCGGAUCUUACACAAACGUUCGUCCGUGUUGCUUGUUUAACGGCGGACCCUGACAUCGCAUGACCGCGCCGUCCCA